AGCCCUGGCCAGCGCGCAGCCUUCCCGGCGCCGGCAAGCAGGGUCUUGGGAAUUCUCACUUGCUUCGGCUCACUCUCUUUCAUAAAAACCACUGGAUCUUACAUGCUUCUGUAACCCCCACUUCCACUCCAUGUCCCCAUGAUCCUGUGUCAGCAACAGGACAAGUUCUCUGGAUGUCAGCUGAGUUACUAAGGUAACUGCUGGUCAAAAGAACCCCAAGGUUCUUGGAAGCAUCCAUCUCUCUUCAUUAAAAAAAUUAAUUAUUAUUUUUUUGUGUGUGUCUUCACUGAACAUUCAAAACUGUUUCUUCAAAGGGUUUUGCAAAAACUCAGACUGUUUUCUAAAGCAGAAACACUGGCGUCCCCAGCAGAAGCAAUGGGUAGUGUGCGAACCAACCGCUACAGCAUCGUCUCUUCGGAGGAAGACGGCAUGAAGCUGGCUACCAUGGCAGUUGCCAAUGGCUUCGGGAAUGGCAAGAGUAAAGUCCAUACCCGACAACAGUGCAGGAGCCGCUUCGUGAAGAAAGAUGGGCAUUGCAAUGUUCAGUUUAUCAACGUGGGCGAGAAGGGACAGAGGUACCUGGCAGACAUCUUUACUACCUGUGUGGACAUCCGCUGGCGGUGGAUGCUCGUUAUCUUCUGCCUUGCCUUUGUGCUCUCCUGGCUGUUCUUUGGUUGUGUGUUUUGGUUGAUAGCACUGCUCCACGGGGAUCUGGAUGCUUCUAAAGAGAGCAAGGCAUGUGUGUCUGAGGUCAACAGCUUCACGGCUGCCUUUCUCUUCUCCAUCGAGACCCAAACAACCAUCGGCUAUGGUUUCAGGUGCGUUACAGAUGAGUGCCCAAUUGCUGUUUUCAUGGUGGUAUUCCAGUCAAUCGUAGGCUGCAUCAUCGACGCCUUCAUCAUCGGCGCAGUCAUGGCGAAGAUGGCAAAGCCAAAGAAGAGAAAUGAGACUCUUGUCUUCAGUCACAAUGCUGUGAUUGCCAUGAGGGACGGCAAACUCUGCCUGAUGUGGAGAGUGGGCAACCUUCGCAAGAGCCACCUUGUGGAAGCUCAUGUCCGGGCACAGCUUCUCAAAUCUAGGAUCACCUCAGAAGGGGAGUACAUCCCCUUGGACCAGAUAGACAUCAACGUUGGUUUUGAUAGCGGAAUUGACCGCAUAUUUCUAGUGUCCCCUAUCACUAUUGUCCAUGAAAUAGACGAAGACAGCCCUUUAUAUGACUUGAGUAAGCAGGACAUUGACAAUGCAGACUUUGAGAUUGUUGUCAUACUGGAAGGCAUGGUAGAGGCUACCGCCAUGACAACGCAAUGCCGGAGUUCGUAUCUGGCCAAUGAAAUUCUCUGGGGUCACCGCUACGAGCCAGUGCUCUUUGAAGAGAAACACUACUAUAAAGUAGACUAUUCAAGAUUCCAUAAGACUUAUGAAGUCCCUAACACCCCCCUUUGUAGUGCCAGAGACUUAGCAGAGAAGAAAUACAUCCUCUCAAACGCAAAUUCAUUUUGCUAUGAAAAUGAAGUUGCCCUAACAAGCAAAGAGGAAGAGGGCAGUGAGAACGGAGCUCCGGAGAGCACGAGUACAAACUCACCUCCUGGCAUAGAUCUGCACAACCAGGCGAGCGUGCCUCUAGAGCCCAGGCCUUUAAGGCGAGAAUCGGAGAUAUGACUGGCUGGUUCCGUCUUUGGGAUAUUUACUUCGCUACACAGUCUGAUGUGGGUCAGAGGUCCGGGACAGUAACACAGACCAUGGUACUGGUCGAGAGGUGGGUGACGGCAAGCAGCCUCAAGAGACUAAGGCUAGCACAAAGGUUUCAAGAAAAGACUGUAAGCUGGAUGACUGAUGUAAAGCGCUUUGCAGGCCUCCAAGAGACACGAUGGCACAUAUCUGUUGUAGUAUAACUUAUGGGGUUUUUUAUGUAUUGUUUUGUGUUUUUUUUUUUUUUUUUACAAAACUUGAAUAUGCAGGCAAGCCUCGGUUUGGGUACAUGACUUACCUGAAAUGCUUCUCUUUAGGGGAACAAGAGUGAUUUUAAUGGCAUAACAUAGGCAAGACUCUGCCUUAAUUUUUUGAAAAGCUGCUAACUACAUGAACACAAACUGUAUUUUUGUUGCAGUGUAGUUUAUCUUUUACAUAACUUUAAAACGUCAGUGUUGAGCAUUUUUGAAAGUGCACAGUAUGCUUCAAAGCAUCAAGUAUUUGGCUAUUAACUGCCAAAACGAGAACCUGAUUUUCUGAGGCCAGUAAUUUGCUAAUUUGUUUGCUAAAAUUGAUCUCUCUCUCUCUCUCUCUCUCUCUCUCUCUCUCUCUCUCUCUCUCUCUCCUCUCUCUCUCUCUCUCUGCUUAUAUAAUAACAUUAUGUAACACUAGCCAAAUGGUAGCCUCUGGGUUUUACACUUUCCUUUUCCACAAUGCUAAUAGGUUAUCUCAAACUUUCAGUUAGACUACCUUAAAUAAAUACCAAAGAUAAUGCACAUUUCUCUCUCUCUCUCUCUCUCUCUCUCUCUCUCUCUCUCUCUCUCUCUCUCUCUCUCUCUCUCUUCACAUGGAGGAUAUAUUUUUAAAAAGAAACAAAGCUUCAUGGAUUGUCUUGGAAGUCCAGAGACACUAUCUUUGAACUUCAGCAAGAUGUGAAACAGUCCAUUCAUUUUGCACUAUAGUCUGAAAAGAACACCAAAGUCUGAUCAAUGUAGUGUGUUUUUCGAGUCUAUUCUUCUGUGCAUCUUAUUUGGAGGGGAGGAGGGAAGCAUAGGUCACAGUUUCAUAUGCACUACACCAGUAUCUUUUUUUCCCCAGGUAGUACUGGUCAGGAUAAUGUACUCAAAGGGAUCUAUCUAUCUAUCUAUCUAUCUAUCUAUCUAUCUAUCUAUCUAUCUAUCUAUCUAUAGAUGCUUGGACUUUUCUGGGCUUCUCUCUCUUUGCACAUUCCAAUGUUUAUUCCAUAAGAUCAGAUCUUGGUUGAGCUUUGUUGGUAACCUGGCACCUUCCAAACCGUCACCCAGUGGGGAAGAUGAACAGAUUUCAAAUUGUGCAGCUGAGUCAUAGCCUUGACUUCCAGGGCAUUUCUAGCUCAGUGUCACAUUAAGAUGUCUGGCCUCUAGGCUUGUCCUUCUGAGGUCUCUGCAGAGAGAGAGAGGAGAGAGACAGACAGACAGACAGAGAGAGAGAGAGAGAGAGAGAGAGAGAGAGAGAACAUGAGCCA